AAGAUUGGAAGCCCCACCUAGCUGGCUUCCACGCCGGCGAGUGGUUAGACUAAAAGCUAUGCAAGGGGCUUUAGUUCUCACACCAAGAGAAGCAGAAGAGGAGAAUGGCUGAAGGAGGAGAAGGAGCAUCUGUAGAUAUUACUGAGGAGAAUCCUCUUGUCAAAAUAUUUGGAGAAAUAGUCCUUCGAGGAGACACGCUGGAGCAAGUUCCCGUUACUGAUUUGGGGGGAGAGGGUAAAGUGGUUGGUGUCUAUUUCUCUGGUCACUGGUGCCCGCCUUGCAAGCAAUUUACUCCUUUGCUCUCUGAGUGGUACGAGAAGUUUAAGGCUGGCCCUAAUGGUGACAAGCUCGAGAUUGUCUUUGUGAGCUCUGACAAGAAUGAGAUGGAUUUUGUCAAGUAUUUUCUGACCAUGCCUUGGACUGCACUUCCUUAUGCAGAGAGGGACAGAAAGGCUUCAAUCAGUGCCAUGUAUAACAUCAGUGGUAUCCCAGUUCUUGUGUUGCUUAACGGUGCUGAUGCCAGCGUCAUUACUCUUAACGGUCGCUCUAUUGUCACUGAAGAUGAGAAUGGAGAAGACUUUCCAUGGCUGCCCCUGCCUGUUCUUGAUCUAUUGCAUGAAGCCCCACUCAUCAAGUGCAGCGAUGGGAAGGAAGUUGAUCCUUCUGUGGUUGAUGGUAAGAAAAUUGGACUCUUUUCUGGAGCAGUGUGGUGUACACAUUGCAUUGAUUUCUUGGUGCAACUGAAAGAAGUCUACGCUGCAGUUAAUGAUAAGAACAAGGGAUCUUUUGAGAUUGUUUUUGUCACUUCUGACCGAACGAUCGAAGAUUUCAACUCUUUCAUCAAGGACAUGCCUUGGUAUGCCCUCCCUUUUGAUGGCCGUAGGAAGCACAGGAUGUGUAGGACUCUUAAAGUUGAAGCUCUUCCUAGCCUGUGUACUGUUGAUGAAAAGGGAAAGAUCAUUAAUGAUCUUUGUCGUUCCAUUGUUGAGCAGGACACCACCGGAAAAAAUUUCCCGUGGUAUCCUAAACCUGUGUCUGAGCUUGAUGAUGAAGUUGUUGAUCAAAUUAAUGAAUUUCCUUGCAUUGUGUUGCUAACAAAGAAAUCCCAGGACGCUCUGGAUAACUCCCGAUUCAUUUUGGAGCUUAUCUCUGAAGCGUAUCACAAAUCAAUUGGAGAUAAAGAAGAGGAGAAGAAGAACAAGACCUUGAUCCAGUUUUAUUAUGGCGGUAUCACCGAGGGAGAGGAUGAUGUUGGGGACCAGCUCAGGACUUUUGCAGAUUUGCCCAUGAAGCUCCCAGUUCUUGCCAUUAUUGACCUACCUAAUGCUGCAAAGUACGUUUGUGAUAAAAAGACUAUUACUAAGCAAGUGGUGUCUGAUUUCCUGAACGGCUACAGGCAAGGAACCCUGCCUAAGCAAGACCUGGAGCUUGAUUAAAAACUCUCAUCCGUACUAUAAUAAUAACUAAGUAUAUAUAUAAUAUUAGCAUUAGAUAUUUAGUUUUCAUGCUGUUAUGCUAUAGAAUAGUAUUUUAAAAAUAAAUAAAUCUAGUAAUUGAAACGGAUAAU